CUUAAAUACUUUCACAGUUUCACUCACUGAAGUGGAACUUGUAUUUGUAUUUUGUUGUGUACCAAUGUCUCAGUUGAAAGCAUCUCCUGCAUGCUCAUCCUCUGCUACUAUUCUUUCUCCACAUACUAGAGCCAACCUUCUGUCUCAUCGGUUCUGGAAGCCAAAGCCAUCAUCUUUCAAAGAGUUGAGGCCAAGAACAAGUUUUGGUGCCAGUAAAAUUCAAGUUAUUAAAGCAGCAGUACGCAGUGAUACAGAGGUAGUUUCUAAAACCAUGGAGGGUGGUGGCCUACGUGGAAAAUUGAAUAAAGUUGUGCUGGCUUACAGUGGUGGCUUAGACACAUCAGUCAUUGUUCCAUGGCUGAGAGAGAAUUAUGGUUGCGAGGUCGUUUGCUUCACUGCUGAUGUUGGGCAAGGUAUCCAAGAAUUGGAAGGUUUAGAAGCGAAAGCCAAAGCGAGUGGGGCCUGUCAAUUAGUGGUAAAGGACUUGAAGGAGGAAUUUGUCAGAGAUUAUAUAUUCCCUUGCCUACGUGCUGGUGCAGUUUAUGAGAGGAAGUAUUUGCUUGGGACCUCAAUGGCCCGCCCUGUAAUUGCAAAGGCCAUGGUUGAUGUUGCCAAAGAAGUUGGAGCUGAUGCUGUCUCCCAUGGAUGUACAGGGAAAGGAAAUGAUCAGGUUCGAUUUGAGCUCACUUUCUUUGCUCUGAACCCUAAGCUAAAUGUUGUGGCUCCAUGGAGGGAAUGGGAUAUUACUGGAAGGGAAGAUGCUAUUGAGUAUGCCAAAAAGCAUAAUGUACCUGUUCCUGUGACUAAGAAAUCCAUAUAUAGCAGGGAUAGGAAUCUUUGGCACCUUAGCCAUGAGGGUGAUAUUUUGGAAGACCCAGCUAAUGAGCCUAAUAAGGACAUGUACAUGAUGUCUGUAGACCCCGAGGAUGCUCCAGAUCAAGCAGAAUAUGUGGAAAUUGGGAUAGAGGCUGGGCUUCCUGUUUCAGUCAAUGGGAGGAGGCUUUCGCCAGCAUCUCUACUUGCUGAACUCAAUGAGAUGGGUGGAAAGCAUGGAAUUGGCCGUAUUGACAUGGUUGAGAAUCGGCUUGUUGGUAUGAAGAGCCGAGGAGUUUAUGAAACACCUGGUGGAACCAUCCUGUUUGCUGCAGCACGUGAGUUGGAGUUUCUGACACUUGAUCGAGAAACAAUCCAAGUCAAAGAUUCAUUGGCCCUUAAAUAUGCAGAGUUAGUGUAUGCUGGCAGAUGGUUUGAUCCACUCCGAGAGUCCAUGGAUGCCUUUAUGCAGAAGAUCACAGAAACCACAACAGGUUCUGUGACCUUGAAACUGUAUAAAGGUUCUGUUAUUGUGACCAGUCGAAAGAGUCCCUUUAGCUUGUACAGGCAAGACAUUUCAUCAUUUGAGAGUGGGCAGAUAUAUGAUCAAGCUGAUGCUGCUGGCUUUAUCCGGCUUUAUGGUCUUCCAAUGAGGGUCAGAGCAAUGCUUGAGCAGGGUAUCUAAGUGUUAAUUUCAUUUCAACUUGUACUUGAUUUCAUUUUCCAUUUGCAUGUUUAGAUAAGAUGGAUUGAAGCUAGAGUAUGUACUUUGGAUUGUUAGUGGAUCAUCUGAACUCCAAUAAGAUGAAUAAUGUUUAGUUAUUAUUAUCACCGAGUUGAAAUUAAGAGUUUAAAAAUUUAUUCU